AUGUUGUUCUGCCUCACCACCAGUCCUAUAGGUAUCCUUAAAGGUUUAUUGUUCUCUAUUUUUUUUUUUACAACUUCCUCUCGUCCUGUUAACACAAACAAAACCAAACCGAGAAGACAAACUCUUCUGAAAUUAGUUAUGAAAUCUCCAGCGCUCAUCAGAUUCUCAGAAUUCAGUUCAUAUCUGGCCAUUUUCGUCCUCUUCUCUUUACUGUACCAUCUUCCUUGCACAUCAAGUAAGCAAGGACUUGGGGGGUGUGAAGCUCCAUUUCAGUGUGGGCAAAUCACAGCUGGUUUCCCCUUUUGGGGUGGAAAUCGUCCUCAACACUGUGGUCUUCCGUUGCUGGAGCUUCACUGCCGCAAUAAAAGCAGUACCUAUUUAAUCAUCUCAGAUCAAGAGUACUCUGUUCUCAAAGUAGGUGGUCAAUCAUCUUACACCGUUAAACUUGUCAGAGCAGACCUGCUAGGGCCUCUUUGUUCUGCUAAAUUUAAAACCACAGCCUUGCCUUCCGAUAUCUUCGAGAUUUUGCCAGACUACAAGGACUUCGGAGUUUAUUACCUAUGUGAUCCUGAAUAUGUUAAAGGGGAUAUUACAUGUUCUCCUGAUAAGGGUCUUGUGUUACUGCCUGACGAACCUGAGUAUGGUGUGUCAUACUGCAAUAAUAGUUUCACAGUUACGACGAGUUCCAUUCCCGGAAGAGCUAUAAGUGAAGGGUUCGAGGUGAAAGUGAAGAUUGAUGAGAAAACUUGUCAAGAAUGUUCCUCUUCUGGUGGAAUAUGCAGCUUCAAUGGUACAGUUCAAGUUUGCUGCAAGACAAACUCACCCUCAGGAGUCAGGUGCGAACCAAAGCGUCAACGAACUGACUCUGCAGUACCCCAUUUUUCUGUGGCAAUCAGGGAGGUCUCUUGUACCCUUUCUGGAUUCCUAGCAGAGAAGAAUGUGGCCACCCUGACUUCAAGCUCAACUGUAACGGAGGAUUCGCAGAGCUUAACAUUUCCUCCAUAA